AUGUUGUCAAGUAACAGACAGACUCCAACUAAAGCAAAUGAGGAGAAGAUCCAAAUUAGGAAUAUAGAGCUGCUGGCACUAGAAAAAGACAAGCUGCUUCUGGAGAAAAAUAAGGAAUUAAAAAAAAUGUUCAACAUUAUCAGAAAUUUAAUGGAGAGUAACACCACACUGGAGAAGGAAAAUACUGCUCUGGAGCAGAAAAGCACCAUCUUGGAGCAGAAAAUCACCACCCUGGAGCAAAACAACACCACACUGAAGAAGGAAAAGACCGCUCUGGAGCAAAAAACCACCAUCUUGGAGCAGAUAAACACUGCCCUGGAGCAGAAAAACACUGCCCUGGAGCAGGAAAACACCGCCAUGAAGGUAAAAAGCAUCACUCUGGAGCAGAAAAGCACUGCCUUGAAGCAAAUGAACAUUUCCUUGGAGCAUGAAAAUACCACCCUGGAGCAGAAAGGCACUGUCUUGGAGCAUUUAAACACUGCCCUGGGUCAGAAAAACACCAGCCUGAAGAAGGAAAAAAAUACACUGAAGCAGGAAAACACUGCCCUGAG